UUAGCCACGUGGUGGCGCUUUAGCAGAGCUUUUAUAUUGAAAACGGAAACUGAAUGUGAAGAUUCCUGUUUACAUCAAUGGCAGGAAGAGGAUCCGCGAGCAACAUGGCGUCCGGCAGUGGUGCAAAGAAUGAUUUUCGGCGCAAGUGGGAUAAAGAUGAGUACGAGCAACUGGCUCAAAAGCGAAUCACGGAGGAGAGAGAGAAAAAAGAUGGCAAACUUGUCCCCCCAGUCAAACGAGAGCUCCUCCGGCACAGAGACUACAAGGUGGAUUUGGAGUCUAAGCUCGGAAAAACCAUCGUCAUCACUAAAACUACUCCACAGGCUGAGAUGGGCGGGUACUAUUGUAAUGUUUGCGAUUGUGUUGUGAAAGACUCCAUCAACUUCUUGGAUCACAUCAAUGGCAAGAAGCACCAGAGGAACUUGGGAAUGUCAAUGCGAGUGGAACGCUCCUCGUUGGACCAAGUUAAGAAGCGUUUUGAGGUUAACAAGAAAAAGCUGGAGGAAAAACAGAAGGAGUACGAUUUUGAAGAGCGAAUGAAGGAAUUGCGAGAAGAGGAGGAAAAAGCAAAAGCAUACAAAAAAGAAAAGCUUAAAGAAAAGAAAAGAAAGGCAGAGGAAGACCUGAAUUUUGAAGACGAUGAUGAAAUGGCUGCUGUAAUGGGAUUCACAGGGUUCGGUUCAUCCAAAAAGGGCCACUAAAUACAACACGUGUCACGUGUACCCCUGCUGAGGCUUCACUGCUCUGCUUCAACCACAGGACUGGGCAGAUUUUGUAAAAUCCACCAAAUUCCAUGUGAAUAUACCAAGCCAACAAAUAAUCCAACUAUUUUUUAGCCACCUUCAGUUAUUUGACAUCAUAGUACUUGUGUAAACAUGAUUUGCUAUUCUGUGUACUUGUCCAGUCUCUUCUGUAGAUUCUGAGUUACAGAGUAAACUAAAGCAAUAUGAUGUUAUUGAUGAAUAUUUUUUAUUGAUAUGUGGUGUUUAAGUGUGAAAGUGCUAAAGGAUAAAAAGACCAGCAGAAGAAAACAUAAACAAUAUUUUUUUUUUUCUUUUUUUGGUUGGUUUGGGGGGUUUUUUACCUCAGUUUUGUCAUCUUAUAAAAUUUGAAUGUGCAUUUGUUGAAAAUUGUUUCAUUUUACAUUAAAAAACCUUUUAACCUUU